UGAUGACGGCUUAGUGAGGAGAAGGAGGAGGAAGAGAAGGAGUAGCCUCAAAGAAGAAGAAGAGACGGACGAAGAGAGUGAAGAAGAUGAAGAAGAGGAGGUGAAAGAGAAAGAAAGGAGGGAGAAAAAAGCUAAACCUACACCCCAUCAGAUGCAAAUUCAGGCACACACAAACGCUGGAAAGGGCAAACCACAUCAGUCACUCACCCAGACGACUAGAAAGCUCAAACGCAAACAAACGCAUUACACAGUGAAACCAACGACACCCAUGACCCCAAGACACAUCAACACAGAAAUCGUCAAGAAAAUCAAGGAGAAAAUGGACGAGAGGCUAGACAGAGUGAAGAGAGAUGCGACGAUGCUGACCUCUCUGGCCCGAAGCAACGAGGAGGAGGAAGAGGAGAAGGAAGAGGAGGAGGAAGAGAGGACAGAGAUAGAGGGUGAUAUGCUUCCUUCAGGCGACAGGGCCAUACCUCCACCUGGCUCCAAUCACACGCAGGUGGUGGACUAUCUCACGUUCAUCAAGGAGUUCAAACACGCCUUCGAGAGCGAUCAAGAUUCGCCGAUAAGAAGGAGGAGGAGAAAGAGGAGGAGGCAGAAACGAGAUGUCGGUGCAGAAGAAAAUAGACCGGACGGGAUGGAAGUCAUAGGCAGCGAGCAACAGACGCCAGGGAAGGUCAAAGAAGUGAGGCUGGUGUGCAAUCGCUACUACAUCUACUUCGAACUGCUGGCGAAGGAGCGGAAGUUUAGCGAAGAUGAAUCCCAUUACGUCAAUAUCGAAGAAGUGAUGAUGAUGUGCACGAAAGACGACUACCGCACCAUCAUCACCUUCAACCCGAUCUGCAACAUGGAGGUGGUGUGUGACAACUACGGCUGCUUCGACUACAGACUGAACAGAUAUAACGAGACUGUCAACGAAACGCAUCGCUGCCCCUCCUGUGCUAACGGCCGAUGCUGGGAAGAGGAGUGGGUGGUGGGAUUCGAGAACGAAACGCUCAGCCCGGAACAGGUCAGCGGCAUCUUCGAGGCCAGCCGCACCCUCGACUUCUCUGACCUGCUGGGCCUCUACUCGCCCAGCAAGGAGGACAUCCGACGCUUCUCCCCCGAGGCCAACAAUUUCAUCAAGACCUGCAGCUACGACCGACGACCGUGCUCCUCCAACCAGUUUCACAUGUGGAUCAGUGACGUUUACGGGAUGUGUUACACCUUCAACUCCGUGCACCGCGAGAUUCAGUUACGCAAGAACAACAAGACCGUCAAAGCCAAGGCCAGGAAAACCACCUCCACGGGGCCCUUGAACGGCCUUCGCCUCACCCUGAACGUCAACGAGGACCAGUACCUGUCGCUGCUCUCCCCGGACAUUGGCGUGCGGGUGAUCGUGCACAGCCCCCACCAACUGCCCUUCCCCGAGGAGGAGGGCUUCAACGUGUCCCCGGAUAAUAGCGUCUCCGUCAAGAUGUCCAGGAAAAUCAUCCAGCGAGUGGGCUAUCCUCACGGAAGAUGCAGAGCUGACAGUGGUUCCUCGAUCUUUAAGGAGUACUCCAGCCUUGGGUGCAGGAAACUGUGUGUGGAGGAGGAAAUUUGGAGGCAAUGUAACUGCUACGUCGGCAAAAGUCCAACAUACCACAGGGACGAGCUACCCAUGGAGAGGCCCGGUGCCUUUUGUUCCCCCUACAACGUGCGGAGGAAGCUGUGCGUGGAGAUGGUGAGAUACUCCUACCUGAAGGGUCAGCUCCACUGUGACUGCCCGCCUUCGUGUGGUGAGACGGUGUACCAUCCCGAGGUGACCAUCAGCCAAGACAACAAAAAAUUCUUCACCAUCUUACAAAACCUCAAGAAGCUGAAGGUGGACGACUCUAUAUGCGAGAGCAAUGGCCUUUCGCCCGUCCGCCUCCACCUGUACAUGGACUCGCUGUCCUACGAGAAGAUAGAAGAGAGCCCCGCCUACACGUGGGACACCCUCAUCUGCAAUGUGGGUGGCAACUUGGGUCUGUUCCUGGGCAUGUCCAUCGUGACUGUCGUGGAGCUGUUUGAAUUCCUCUUCGACCUGGUGAUGGGCUGCUGCCGGCCGAGGGGGAGGCGAGACCAUCCCAACCACAUCGUCACCCCACUACAAGACAUGAAACCGAAAUCCGUCCCUCCCCACCAGCGCUCCCCUGAAGAGACAACCCCGCGGCACCAAGGCGAAGGCAUUUAUUAUAGGCGUCCCAUGUCCUCGGCCUUCAACAGAAUCUUCUUGGGGGAAUGACUGACUGACUUUGGACUUCCCUCAGCCUAAAUUGGAGAGGAGGAAGUGACUGGAAUGAAGAAACACGACACUGAGGAUUUGUUGUUCUGCACGUGUUCUAUUUCUGUGCCUUCGAUAUAAUGUUUUCAUUGAGUGAAUAAAAUUAAAUGGGCUUUCAACUCAAGCCAUCUUCAGUUAGAGAGGAAAAGGAAGCUCAAGGGAACACUGCACUCUACAUGGGAAUCUUACUUUCAAAUGCCAACUAAAACUCCUUCUGCAGGUGUCUUUAAUUUUUCAGCCUUUAACAGAAUCAUCUUGGGUGAGUGACUGACCUUAAACUCCAUGCAUUCUACAAUGAAGAUAAAAACAUGGCUGAAAGGGAAAUUGUACUUAAUACGAGCUGUUUUACUCUCAAAUGCUAAGUCCUGAUUAUAGAAUUCCUCUGUGUUCAGUGCAUCAAUUUAUUUUAUACAAGUUGACAAAUGAACAGUUUUUCUUGUAGGCUGUACCUGUACCCAAACAGACUUAUAGGAAAUGUGCCAAGUUGUAUACCUGGCAGCCAUAUUUUACUCUGCCUUAGAUUGACUCUGGUGUGGAAUGAAGUAAUAAUGAAGUGAAUGGUGCUUUCUUGCCCUCAACAUACUUGCUACACCUCCUAUAACUCUACCGUUCCCUUCACUGCAUGGCUCAUCUAAAAACACAAAAGGAGAGGAAGAAAACAAAAAGAGGAAGAACAGAAAAUUUAAUGAUAGCAAAUGAGAUGGAGGCAGGAAGAAGUGAGAGCAAGGAAGAGGGAAGUGAGAGGAAUGAAGAGGGAGGGAUGAAGUUAACUUGGCAUGAAAACUGAAUCAUAAGUUAACUAAAUGGAAAAAAGAUGAAAUGUAAAAGUGGGAGAGAAGAGAAAGAAGCUAUGAAUGAUAAAAAAGAAAAAGGAAAAAUUUGAAUGAAGCAAAGUAGCAACCAUAAUAGAUCUUCUUCAUCCUUACUCCUGUCUCCCUCUCUCCAAGGUUGGUUGAGAAUAAGCCAUUCAGGAAAUCAUUCAAUAAGUGUAGAUGAAACAAUGUUGUUAGAAGCAGACAUUGUUAUUGGUAUCAAGACUGCCAUUCCAAUAUAACAGUUAAGGUAGAUUGUAGAAGCCAUGAUUUUGAAGGCUAACUAAAAGAACAACAUUCUUGUCACAUUACUAACAAAAGUCAUUUACACUUUUGAUUACUUUUAUUUCAUCCUUCAGUUCCCAUCUAGUGAGUUAUUGCAGGUAUUGAGAUACGAAGCAAUCACACAAUGUCCGGAGAGGAUAAAUCACAAGCAGACCAGUAUCAAAAGGUUUAAACGGAAAAAUGCACUUCUUCCAUAAUUCAAUAGGACAAAGUACACAAAAUGAAACAUGGGAGAGGUUACCCUACCUAGGCGGACACGAGGGUUGCUGCUGCUGUCCUUCCUGUGUUAAUGAGACGCAGGGUGGUGUGCUCACCUUUACUAUCAAGAGUACUGGUAUCAUUAUGCCUGCUGUACAUAGGAUUGGACAAGUCUACCACAGCAGUAAGGCCCAAAUUCUUAGCAUGUUGUACAAAAUUUGUCGGCCUACUGCACCCCUGGCAAGGUUAGAGACAUCUUAAUAUAAGACAAUGUUAGCCUGAUUAUGGGAGAUGCUCCAUAAGCAGGGCUGAGGCCGCUGACCUAUUACUGCGUGUGUGCCUCCCCGCCGCCGCCCUGCUGCUGCCGGGGCCCCUCGGCAGUGCCUCCAGGCGGUGCCGACCCUCUUACUGAGCCGUGGCACCUGGGCUCUGGAGUGGGGGAGGGGUUCUGGGCUCCCAACACUGCCGAGCCAAGGCUCCGGACAGUCUGCACGCCCUCACCCUGAUCUGGAGUGGUGCAGCGUGUGCAGGCUUGAGGGUGUUGACCUGCAGGGGAGUACAAGGGGUGGGGGGUGGGGGGCAGGGGAGGGGGCAGGCCACCGCAGUACUUGCCUGUUGAUAACACUAUUGGCUGGUGGAACAGUCAUGAGGGCAUAGACAUAAAUGAACUCUACAGUCCUGUUGUCACAAGGAAAGAUAACCUACAAAAUAAUGGUGCAUGUCUAAAAUGGAGUAAAAAUAAAUUAUAUCCGUAAUAAUUCAUCCAUACAUAUGACAUCUUAUAAAUGUGGCUAAAUAUACAGAAAACACGGAGCCUAGUAGCCUCAAAGAAAAUGGGAUGCGCUGCCGCCCACAUACAGCCACGGGCCAGCAGGGGAGGGGGGGAGGGGAUGAGGGAGGCUGGGGAGGGGAGCUAGAGCUGGGUGAAGCUGUCAGGGGGUAAAUAAACAGGAUGGGGAGGAGGGGAGGAGGAGAGGAAGGGACAGGGUUGUACUUGAUAAACAGCCAACUGGAAAAGGUUCUACUCAAGUCUAUAGGAGGGCUUGCGUUUAGUAUACAAUUUUCCUUUUAUAAUGAUGGACAAAAUAUUGCAAUCAGGCUACGAGGCUACUCAUACAGUACAUAACAUCA